CUAAGUAUGCUUUGCUUUGAAUGGGGUUUGCGGCAAUGUACAGGGUACUUCCAGAAUAUAGCUUUCUUGGCCUGAGCUAGCCGUAAAGCUUUAUGCAAAUGAAAUCUUACAUAGGAAACGCUUAGUUGGAGUUUGGCCCAUUUCGUCUGGCUCUGGACGCUAAGAGAAGAUGCGCGUGCAGUGCAGCAUCUGCUACGAGCGAACAGGAGACUUGGGCGAAUUGGACUCAUGCCUCCACAGGUUUUGCUUCCCUUGCAUCUCCCGCUGGGCCGACACGGAGAACCGAUGUCCGCUCUGCAAGGAGCGGUUCAUCGUCAUCACCCACAAGCGCCUGCUGCAGGGCCGGGGCCGUGGGCAACAGCAGCAGCAGGGGCAGCAGGGGCAGGCGGGGCGGAAGCGCACGCGAGAGGAGGCGGCGGCCUCGGAGGCGGGGGCAGAUGCUGGGGCGGAGGCAGCUGGGGAGGCGGCGGCGGGAAGCGGGUCGGAUGCGUCUGACGACCCGGACGCGGGGGAGGGUCCCCGCAAGCGGCUGAAGGGGGUGGUGCUGGAGACGCGGUUGGUGGAGGACCGCAAGCAGCGCUGGCAGCCCGCCGAGCUGCUGGGUCUAGACCUGGAGGCGUUGCGCUGCCAGGCUGCGACCGGGGCUACCACACCUACUGCGUGGAGCUGGAGGACAUUCCCGAGGGCGAGUGGUACUGCCCCGAGUGUCAGCAGCAGCGGACAUUGCUGGCGGCCGCAGCGAGGAGGCAGCGGCGGCUGCAGCAGCAGGGGCAGCAGGGGCAGGGUGGUGGGGGCCGGGGCAGCGGUGGGCGUGGAAGUGCAGCAGGGAGGGGCCGCGCAGCAGCGGCGGCGGCGGAAGAGGCAGCGUAUUCCUCGGAUUCCGAUGUAGUGAUCCUGGGGAGCGGUGGUGAGGAAUCUGGGUACGAGACGGUGGGCACGG